CCUGGGUGACUUCAUUGACAUGAGAUGCGUACGGAGACCGUGUAGUCAGGUGGACGAGGAACACUGGGCGUCAAUCAAUCAGGAACAUGAGCCUCGAUGAAUUAUUCCGUCACUUAGUCUCGGAAAUGGCUCUUGACGGGUGGAAGAAGGAGCGAUGUAGAGUAUAUCCAAGGGUAGAGUGCAGGGAAGGGUGCAUGAGAAGGAACACAGAUGAUAGAAGGAGACAUGCCGGGGGAGAAGAAAACGAUAAUUUUCAAGAGACUUGGUCUAGAUAGUCAAGGUCAAGGUAUAAAAGGGUGCAUCACACACCAACCAAGGUGGGAGAGUAUCUUUAUUCGUUCUCUUCCCACCUACGUUCACCAUGGCUACAGUCAAGUUCCCCCCAACCUCUGGCUUUUACGAGUUGGACUGUUACGUGGCACAGCUUCUGGGACAGGCCGGAAUCCCUGCAUUUAUCUGGGGCGAGAAGGUCUUGCAUGUCUACCUCCAGAAAAGAUACGAAGGCUUCUUUCGUGGAUGGGUUGUCCCCGAUGAGGCGAUAGCCAAGGCCGUGCAAGUGCUCGAUGAUGAAGGCUUCCCGCCUUGCAAGGACGGCAACGAAUGCGCGGUUUUUGCACCCGAUCAGAAGUUUCCAGUUCCUGAUCAUCAUUACCACGACUACUACCACUCUACCAAGUCUCGGAGAAGUUGGGAAGGUGGUGUAAUUCUCUACCAGAAGUCGCGGUUGUUCAGCGAGUUUCCGGAACCCCCAGUUGGAUGCCCACGUCCAGGGGACCCCUACUACACUUUUCUCGCCUCAGGGCGCCAGUUCCAGAAAGCGUCCGACGAACCUCAGAAUGGUCAGCCUGAGAACCAGUAUCCGGUCAAGUUACCUGUUCCUGCCCGAUACCUGGAGGCCAUGUGCCUACUUAAAAUCCGGGAUAUAGAAGGGUAUGCUACAAUUUCGUCUUGGAAUUCGGCAAAAACAGGCUUUGUGGACUACAUGAGAGAUGAAGAGCACAUCAUGUACUAUGUGAAAGAUUUGAAGAGGUGGCACGACAAGAAGGACAAAGAAUCUAUGAGGGAGGACCCUGGUUUCCAAUCGACUUGGGAUCGGCUGAAGACACGGAGGGAUAAGGAACUCGAUGCAGCUCUGAGAAAGAUCGAGAACAGAACACACACGUUGAAGCCGGAUGAUCUGAAGGAGCCGUGGCUGGAGUGGAUGAAGUUGUGCGUGGACCGGAAAUAUGCCCAAAGCCAAAACGAUCCUGAUGGUAACACAUGUGAGCUUCGGAUCUAUUGGGAUAUGAGGGAAAGCGGGACACUCCCCAAACCGGAUCCAAAGCCCAGGGAAAUUCUAAUGAGAACCCUUCCUGUCGAGAAACGCCUCCGGGUUGCACGUCUAAUUGACGAUCCCGUUGACUGACUGAUGGCAUUGAUCUCAUUCAUUACCUGGUGCCGGCGUCGUGUGCUUACAGUGUUUGCAGAAUAUGGGUCUGCUAGAUGGCUCAAUUGACUGGCGGUGUUCCAUUCAUUUUUCUCUCUUCUAUGUUUUCGCUAUUUCUGCUCUUGCAGAUAUUUGCUCUACAGUCAUCAAAAUGUGACCAAUGGGCUUCCCGCCAAAUCUAUAUAAAUGGAGUUUCAGCAUCGACUAUCUACUUGGCAACAGAAACAAUAAUCCCACCGAUUGUAAUCUAUAA